GAUGAGAGGGAAUCUUUGCCAGAUUAGUCAGGAAAGAGGCUGGCUUGUUAGGAGAUAGCACAGGCAUGGAGCAUCACAUGCACACACUGACACCCUUCCACUCACACAUGUACAGUCAAUCAGGCAGCUCUCAGCUGUGUUAGACAUCUUUGAGGAUUACCCUCUAUCCCUCCUGUAUUCCGCUGGAACGAUUGCAGCCCCUUAGAGAGAGCAGCGGGGCUUUUAAAGCCUUCAUUUGAGCCGAGCGAUGAUGAACAGGAUUUCUAUUGUUACCUCUGUAGUGUUGUUGUCUCCUCUAACUCAAUUCUCUGCCAUGUAUUUUUGGUUCGGGAGUGCAGGCAUGCGUUUUGUUUGCUUUUUUGCCACCAUCAGUCCUUUUCUUUCUCUAGGCUUGGAUGAAAUUAUUUUCAGUAAUAAUUCUGCAUCCUGUUCCUCAGACCACUGUGUGCAAUAUACAGUCAUUCAGCAUGCUUUCAUCUUUGUCCUUGAGAAAUACAUUUCCACAAGUGCAUGCUUUAUUAUAUGAUUUGAAUGCUAGUGUGUGUACUAUUGAUGCAUCAAUAUUCUGUUCAGAUUGGACAGCAUGCCUUCUCUAUUUCCUCCCUCUCCUCUCCAGCCGGGUUGCUGCUGCUGCUGCUGCUGCUGCUGCUGCUCCUGCUGCUGCUGCUGGAGCUGCUCUUGCUGCAUGCAUACUCAUGUUUCUGGCCUCUAAUUGCCUUUGUGGGAAAUACAGUGGUUGCAGCAGAUAUUUGAAAACGAGCGAUGAAAUGGUCGAAAAUAACUCAGGAUGCAGCAGUGGCAUCCUUUCUCGAUCACUGCGCACCUAAAAUUAUGUUUCUGUCUCUUUUUUGUGCAAAACCAGGGAAAUAUGGGUUAAUAUUUAUUGCUUUAUUAGCAUUUUUAGACUCUGUGCUUUGGUAUAACAUGGCUUCUCCAAAUGUGUCAAACGUAUUCGCAUCCAUUGUGCAUUUUAAAAAACUCUGCCUCCCUUCGAUAAUCAUCUGACAUCAAAGCCUCCAGAUAAAAUAAUCUGUCCUAAAUUUGCAGAGACAGCACAGCAGUUGGGUCGCUUCAGUCCAUGCAAAUUCAUAUGCUUUUGUAAUAAAUAAAUGAACGCUCUUUCAUUUGAAUACAAAACCAUACUCUGUAAUUCUGAAUGCUUAAACUCCAGCCAGUACUGCUAAUUAGCUGGAGACUGUGAGUGCUUUAAUUUUAGGGUUUUGGGAUUGGAUUCUAUAGCUUGCUGUCUGAAGUGCUUCAGGUUUCUCUCUCAGUGGAAAAUGAAUGUUCGAAAACAUGUAGUUUGUGAGCGUCCCAACUGUCAAUAUGAAAGUUACAAGAAAUGGGAAGGAAGAGUUUAGAAUGGAAAUCGGUCACAGUUCUCCAUUUCCCCUCCCAUUCCCCAGUUAUUAUUGUCCUUGUAAUGCUGAGGUAUAAACUGAACAACAAGGGAAGUGCCUCACAGGCUUUCAGUAUAAACGCCUGAGGCAGGAGCAAACGGUACCCUGGAGGAGAUGGAAGAGGACAUCACUCUGAAGAAACGUAAAAGUGAACAACAUGGAGAGAAAGAACUGCAGGCCACGCAGGAAACUGGUGAAAAAGUCAAAAGGAAGCGAGGACGUCCACCUGCUGAGAAACUGCCUCCGAACCCACCUGAACUCACCAGAACGCUGAGCACACUGGUAGAUAUGGUUAUCAACUACAAGGACGGGUUGGGUCGACAGAUCAGCAAAGGCUUUGUGCAGCUCCCCUCAAAGAAGGAGGUACCUGAGUACUACGAGCUGAUCCGAAAGCCUGUCGACUUCAGAAGGAUCAGGGAACGUGUGCGUAACCACAAGUACAGAAGUGUUGGGGAUUUGGAGAAGGAUAUUUUCCUCCUGUGUCACAAUGCUCAGACCUAUAACCUGGAGGGAUCUCAGAUCUAUGAGGAUUCAAUUGUCAUUAAGUCUGUUUUCGAGAGCGCAAGACAGCGAAUUGUCACAGACGAGGAACAAAAAGAGACGGUUAGCGCCAGUCACAGCGAUAAUGGCGGUGGAGCUGAAGACCAAUUUGUUCCAUCAGCAGUGAAACCAUUACCAGUCCAGCUAAAGAAAGGGAAUAAGGAGGAGAGAAGCAGAAAUACCAUGGCCAAGAGGCUCCACAGUGAUUUAGACAGUGAUGAGGAUCUAGAGGAUAACACCACAAAAGAUGAAGGUUGAACUAAAGGGCCCUCCAUGUUUUUGUAUUCUGGUUCAUGUCUAUUCUCUACCACAUUCCUUUUCAUUGGUUUCUCCAUUUUCUGAGCAAAAGAAAGGAAAAUAAAACUGGAAGGACCACUCAAAGAGAGCCACUUAUGGAACAUAAGAUGACUCAUGCCACUCAAACACGUCUUGCUGCACAUAGUGCUAUUCAUUUCAUUUACUGUAGCUGGUCUUUUAUUAUGACUCCCCUUUUAUCUGCCUUAGUCUCUGUGAUUGCUUCUGCAAAUGUUAUGUAAAACACCAGUUUCACUGACUGUUUUUAAUCAGUAUAUUUGAUUGUAUGAAAUGCCUUCAUAUGUCUUGGAGCAUGAAAUGUAUCUCUCCUGAAGCUGGCUCCUCCAGAGUAGCACCCACUGAUGACAAUGUUGACGUGUUCAGGGUCUGAGAAUCGAAGCACAUGGGACGAUGUUUUUAAAGGAAAUGAAUGUGAUUUUAGAGAUGAUAAAUCUUUGAUUUAAAAAGCAGUGGAAGUAUGAAGUCUUACUGAAGUAUUACUGAUAGUAAUCCUUUUGUCUGUUUCUGGUACUUGGUGAAAAAAGUUUGGUUCUGAUCAAGGGUACUCAAGUUGAACAUUUUUAUCCCUUGUGCUACAGUAUAUUCACAUAUUGUACAGUUUGUGUGAAAAGUAAGUUAAAUACAAAAUUUCUUUUCAUUUACUCUCCUGGUUGUUGGGGGGGAGGAAUACAUCAUUGUUAAGACAAUCCCUGGAAACAUGUAUCACUUAAACACUUGAGAAAUAAAUUUUACCAAAAGACCCA